AAAAAUAAUUGGAUUAUGCGAUUACAGGGAAUUUUUCAAUUUUUAUUGUCUCAAAAUAAAAUCCUGUAAAUGCAUCAAUUUUGAAUAAAAUAAAUCAGACAAAUGUCUUCAGACAGACAAAAAAAUAAUUAUAAAAGAUGUCGUAACAAAAAGAAAGAAUCAAGAUUUUUUGUCACGACAUUUUUGUGCUACACCGCAAAAAGAGCUAUAACAGAGAGUUGAUUAUCAGUAUCAGAUACUAUUAACUCUUGAUUAGAUGAGAUUCAUCAUAUGAGUGAUUGGGUAAAAACAGUGGAUGAAGAAGGUAGAACCUACUACUUCAAUUCCACCACCGAUGAAACAAGUUGGGAUAAACCAACUGAUUAUAUCCCGACAGAUGAAGAUGAUGAAGGAAAUCCAAAUGAAAAAUUAACUACUAUUAUAGCUUCUUCAACUUCAAGUCAUUGGCAAGAAUAUAAAACUGAUGAUGGUAAGACAUAUUAUUAUAAUGAAACUACUGGAGAAACCACUUGGGAGAAACCAGAAGAUAUAGAUCAAACAAUGGAUGGAGAUUCCUCCUCCUCAUCUACUGAGUUAACAUCAUUGGAUAAAGCAUUAAGUGAAAAGGAACCAGUGAUUGAUAAAUUAGUUUAUCCACCUACUUUUGAAUCAUAUUCUGAAGCUGAAAAUCAAUUCAUUGGUUUAUUAAAGGAUCAUAAUGUUGAUUCAACUUGGUCAUUCAAAUCAGUUAUGUCGAAAUUAAUUAAACAACCAUUAUAUUGGGUUAUACCUGAUGCAUUACAUCGUAAAAAAUUAUAUGAUGAUUAUUUAGUUAAACGAUUUGAACAAGAAUUAAAUAAUAAAACUUUAUUAAUCGAGAAUUUUGAAAAGAAUUUCCUUCAAGUGUUAAGAGAAUAUCAAUCUAAUGGGAAAAUAAAUCAUAAUACAAGAUGGUUAACCGUAAAGAAUUAUUUAAUUAAUGAUGAAAAUUCAAUUUUUCAAUUAUCAGUAUUACCUGAUGUUAAAAUUGCCGAAUUAUAUUAUAAAUUCAGACAAGAAUUGAAAACAACACAUGAUCAAACUUUAAAAGAAAAGAAAGAUCAAGCUUUAAUUGAAUUAGAAUCUUAUUUAACCCAAAUAAACCCUCAAAUCUUAUCUAUUAAUAAAACUUGGGAAUCAUUAUAUGAAAGUUUAUUAACUGAUACUAGAUUUAAAGCCAAUAAUCAUUUCCAAAAUUUAUCAAAAUUAGAUAUCUUAAAUCUAUAUCAAUCCAAACUUUAUCCUCAAAUCAUUACUAAUAUAAAUAAAGAAAUUGAAAAUCAUGAAAAAUUAAAUCAUAUAUCCGAUAGAAAAGCUCGAUUAGCAUUUAAACAAAUCUUAAUCAAACUUGAUAUUGAAGUUAGUAGUUCAUUUAAAGAUGCAUUCAGUUUACUUGAAAAUGAAGAUUCAUUUUUUGAAUUAUUAGGUAGAAAAGGGUCAAAUCCAUUGGAAUUAUUUAUAGAUUAUAUUGAAGAUAAAAAAUCCAGUUUCAAAUCAAUGAAACAAACCCUUGAAGAGAUUUUGAAAAAAUCAAAUAAAUCUGAUCCUUCUUCAGGUUCAUUUAAAAAGCAAUUGGAAUCACAACAAUCAUUCAUUGCAAGUUUAAACAAAUCAAAAGAUCCUCGAAUAGAUGAUAUUGAUUUUGAAUCAAAACAAUUCACAAAGAUCUAUGACGAUUUAAAAUUGAAUUAUGUCACAGUUAAUCUUUACUAUGAAGAGAUUCAUAAGUUUGCUGAAUCUCUUUAUACCCAUAAAGAUGAUCAAAAUAUCAUUACCAUAAAUGAAUCAAAUGGACUCAUCAAGGUUAAAACUGAUAGCGCCAAGACAUAUUACUUAGCUUCAGAUAAUGAUAUCAGUAGUAUCUUAACUAAAUUUAAGGAAUUCCCCUUAUUCAAUGAUAUAUUAGCUUUAAAGAAAUCAAAUGAAAAUAAUAUUGCUAGAGAUGUGCUUGAAGAAUUGAUCAAAGUGUUUAAUAAAUCGGUAAAAAAAUCAAGGAAGAGAAGUAUAGAGUCAUCCAGCGCCACUACCACUACAUAUUCUAAACGAGUCAAAACAGAAGAUAAGAAGGAAAAGAAGAUUGUAUUAAAUUAUUAAGUACAUAGUGUGUAUUGUAUAUGUAAUACAUAGUAAUGAUAAUGAAGCAAAAAUAGCGGGCGUGUACUUUUGCCCAAAAAAUCCAAAUUUACACCAACUCCAAUUGUGAAUACUCAAAAAGGAGGGCCCCAAGCCUACACUGAAUGAAAGAGUUACCAUCAAUCAUAUUCUAUCAUAGUUUAAUACAUCAUCAGCAAUGGUACGUACUUGAUUA